UUAUAUAUGUCCUUUCAACGCUACAUUUGCGUGCUAAAACACUCAACAUAGAGUUGAAAAAGCACAUAAAAUAUUUAUAAAAUCUCAAAUUUCGUGCAGAAAGGUAAAGAUACAAACUGAAAGAAAAAAACUUAUAUAAAGAUGCCUGCAACUAAAAACAGCACAUGUAGAAGUGAGGCACACAGUAGUUUUUCUUCUUACUCGUCUUCAUCUUCAGAUGAAGAAAUUGAUGCAAGUGAUUUGAAACCAAUUAAGGAAUAUUUGUCCAAUCGUAAGGAAUUAGCUCGUCAACUUUUUAAAUCUGUCAAACCAGAAAAGAUACGCAUGAUGUUGCCUCAAGUGUUGAAGCACAUGGACUUUACUGAAUUAGAAGAGUGGUGUGUGAGUGAAUUGAGCGGUAUGUCUAAAGCUCGAAUAGUAUCUAUAUUAAAUGGAAAACCCAUGUUGGAAUCCUCAGACACAAGUGAAUCAGAAGAUUCAGGACCAUCUUUAGAAAUUAUCUCUGACACAGAAGAAUGGACAGAUGAUGAUAUGUCUAAAAAAGGAACUGAUAAGGGAAAGAAAAAGGAUAAAAUAAAGCUCAAAGGAAAGGCAAGAAGUAAUAAUAAGAAAAAUGAGGACAAAACUAACGUAAAAUUAAAAACCAUAAUUAAAAGUGAUAAUAGCACUAAAGAUGUUACUAUUCAAAAGGAGAAUGACAAAAAUAAAGAAAAAGAGGGAGAUAGUUUGUUGGAUUUAUUGGAACUUGAAAUGAGAGCUCGUGCAAUAAGAGCUCUAAUACGAAAAGAGGAAGACAUAAUUCCAACUGCUAAUUCAGAACAAACUAACAAUGAAACAUUAGAAAAUAAAAUUAAAACGGCUCAAGAUGACGCCAAGGCAAAAGAAAAUUGCCGAAAACAGUUAGAAAGAAUUAUCAGUGAACAACAAAGAUUAGGCGAAGACGAAGAUGUUGUUUUAGUGGUUCAACCAACCCCAAUUGUGGAGUUGUCCAGUGACAGUGACAAUGAAACUUGCAAAAAAGCACAAGAAAAUCAAAAUGCAGAAAAAUGUACAACAGAAACCGGAAAAUCUGCUGAAGAUUCUAAUGAUAAUACAAAAAAUUCCAACAAGACUAACUUGCAUCACUCAAAAGAAAACAGUAUUGCUAAGACGGACUUAAAUAUUAAGAGUGAAGCAAGUACAUUGAUGCCUGAAAGAAGUAUAGAUAUAAAAAACAAUACGUUAUCGAUAUCAAUCUCUUCAGAGAACGUUGCGGAAAAACGAAAGAAAUCGAAGAAAAAAUCGCAUACAAAAUUACAGUCUGCAUCUACUAUCAGACACUCGUCGAAAUCAAAGCAGAUUAGUACUACUGAGGACACAGAACUAUCGAGUAAAGCAGACGAUACGAAUGUUGAACAGCAAAUAAAUACCUCGGAAGAAAACACGAUUAUCGAAGAAGGAGAAAUUACGACAGAUGAAAAAAUAAUCAAGAAAAAUAAAGUUGAAGAAGAGAAGUCGACAGAUUUAGACGAGAUAAUUGAAUUGGAUGAUUACUGCGAUGUGGAAAUAGGAAACUGCGAGGAAGAUAAGACUCCAGAAAGAAGUACCACACCUUCCGAAGCACACAAGCAAUCUACAUCUCAAGUUAAUGAAGCACAAACGAACAGUACGGCAGAAACUUGGGUAUCACGAUAUUAUCAAACUGAUGACGUUCAAAACGUAAUAAAAGAAUCGAAGAUACAGUCGGAAAUACGAAAACGUUUAAGAGAACGGCAAAGGUUAUCGAAACUAAGUAAAUCGCCAAGUUUAAGUUCACCGUCUUCGCAGUCGUCAACAACUGAUGUUACAUUCGAAAAGGCUCCGACGGGAUCUGUGGAGGAAUAUUUAGCCUUAAAGCGUGCAAUGAACACAACUGUUAACGUUAGUAAUGAUAAUACGAUUCAGGAUAAUCCUGCACCUGUUAAUCUUUCUGACACAACCAGUAGCAUUGUCAUUACCAACAUUACCGCGAAGGAAAGCUCAGUAGAGCAACAAGAUGAAAAUACUUCUUCCAGUCAAGAAUGUGUAGAUUACGAUGCACAAAGAGCACCUACUUCCGAAACGACUGUUGCUGUUGAAAUUACAGAAGAAAAUAUUUGUACAGAAACCGAAGUAAAUGUCUGAUCACAAUCCGAUCAGUUUUAAGUAUAUAGGUAAAUUUUAUUUAAUUAUUAUAUACUAGAUUUAGAGAAAGAAAAAAAGACCAUCAGACAUUUUUACAUUUAAU